AUGGAUGGGACAGAUGUCCUUAUUGUCGGAGCAGGCCCUACAGGACUUGUUCUAGCCCUUUGGCUCACCCAUCAGGGUGUCACGGUGCGCAUCAUCGACAAAACAGAGACCAAGGCAUCAACAUCCCGGGCCUUAGUCGUGCAUGCCCGUACACUCGAACUGUACCGUCAACUGGAUCUUGCAGAGGAGAUCAUUGCGCAUGGUCACAAAAUGCGAGCGACGAACCUGUGGUCUGAAGGAUCUCUCAGAGCACGUGUGCCUUUCGGGGACAUUGGGACUGGGUUGACGCCCUAUCCAUUCAUUCACGUUAUCUCUCAGGACACGCACGAGCACGUUUUGGAGAAACGGUUGAAUUCAAUGGGAGUAUACGUCGAUCGCAAUCGCGAACUGGUUGACUUUACAGAACACGACACACACAUCACCGCUCGUCUUCAAGAUACAAGAGUCGCAGGGGAAGAUGGAAUCAGGACCUGCCAGGCGAAAUUUAUCGUAGGAUGCGAUGGAGCGCAUUCAGCCGUUCGUCAUUGCUGCGGUAUUGAAUUCGAGGGCGAUACAUACAGUCAGCUCUUCUUUGUCGCGGAUAUCGAAGGGAGCGGUCCCACGAUCAACGGCCAGGCGCAUGUUUCUUUCAAUAGUGCGGACUUCUUUUUACUCUUCGCAUUUGAUGAUGUCAGUCGAGCGCGUGUUACUGGGGCAAUCGACGAAAGCAGCAUAGCAAAGGACAUCUCGGAGAUCACAUUCGAAGAUAUCGCGCCUGCAUUGGCGAAAACCAUGCGACUACAAGUCGAAAAGGUCAAUUGGUUCACGACAUACCGAGUUCACCAUCGGCUGGCGCAGUCGUUUCGCAAAGGGAGAGCAUUCUUAGUUGGCGAUGCCGGACACAUCCACAGCCCUGUGGGUGGACAGGGUAUGAACACUGGCAUCGGGGACGCAAUUAAUAUUUCCUGGAAGCUAACGUCUGUCUUACACGGCAAGGCGGAUGACGCGCUCUUGAAUAGCUACGAGGCGGAACGUCGUGCGUUCGCUAGUACCCUGGUUCGCACAACAGAUUGGGCAUUCAACUCGAUUGUUGGGAACGGAUAUCUAGUUCGCUUUUUCCGCUCGUGGAUUAUCCCUUCUGUGGCUCCUUUUAUGAUUCAGUUUGAGAGAUUGCGACAUAGAGUCUUCCGCGGCAUUUCUCAGACGCUAGUCAACUACCGGGGUAGUGUGCUUUCUGCGGGAAGUACAGGGUAUGUGCAGGGUGGUGAUCGUCUACCUUGGGUCCCUGCGGGAGAGGUCGAUAAUUUCGAAAGUCUUCGCGAUAUUACCUGGCAGGUCCAUGUAUAUGGCGAUGUGAGUUGGAAAUUAUCUCAAUGGUGUCAGUCAAAAGGUAUCCCUUUGCAUGUCUUCCCUUGGAAUGAGAAGCAUCAGACCGCGGGACUGGUGGAAAAAGCAGCUUACCUGGUGCGCCCUGACACUUAUGUGGCUGUUGCGGAGGAAUCCGGUUUGCCUGAUCGAUUCGAUGAAUAUUUGAAGGAGAAUAACCUUCAAAUAUGUUAG